CUGAAAACCAAAGGGAAAGAGGAGGAGGAGCAAAGGGAAGCCAUGGGAAGACCACCAUGCUGUGAUAAAGUAGGUAUCAAGAAAGGUCCAUGGACUCCUGAAGAAGAUAUCAUCCUCGUCUCUUACAUUCAAGAACAUGGUCCUGGAAACUGGAGAUCAGUCCCCACCAAUACUGGGUUGAUGAGAUGCAGCAAAAGUUGCAGACUUAGAUGGACUAAUUAUCUCAGACCAGGAAUCAAAAGAGGCAACUUCACUCCUCAUGAAGAAGGGAUGAUUGUUCAUUUGCAAGCAUUGUUGGGUAACAAAUGGGCAGCCAUAGCAUCGUAUUUGCCACAAAGAACAGAUAAUGACAUAAAGAACUAUUGGAACACUCACUUGAAGAAAAAACUAAGGAAGUUCCAGUCAGCUUUGGAGCCUUCUUCAAUGGCGGCUACCGAUGAGCUCGCUUCGGAGGAGAGGAAGAGCUUAGAUUUUGGUACCGACGCUCGAUCUGGUUCGAGCAAUGUUAAGCUAAACCAAAGCUCUCCUUCUUCGUCUUCAUAUGCUUCGAGCACGGAGAAUAUUUCCCGUCUUCUUCAAGGUUGGAUGAGAUCGUCACCCAAGGUUAACGGUGACAGUAUUGGGAGUUAUUCUUCAACUCCUGCGAACUGUGAUUUGAUCUCCCAUGGAGACGGUCAGUUCGAAUCGAUUCUAUCAUUCGAAAACAUGAACAGCGUUGCAUUAAUGGAGAACUCUACUUCGAAGGCUACUCUUCAAGAUUCCGGAAAUGGUGAAAAGUUGAACCCAGAAAAGAAGCCAAAAGCUGGUCAUCUGAAAAAUCUUAAUAAUAAUGACGAUGAUGACAAUGAUAACGACAAUCCUCCAUUAUCGUUCCUUGAGAAGUGGUUUUUGGAUGAGAGUUCUACAGGUCAAGUAGAAGACAUAAAUCAAAUGAUGGAAUUAUCUUCAAUUUUCUAAUAUUUUUCUUCUUCUUUUUUUUACUUAAUAUUUACCUUAAUUUCCAUUUUCAAGCUCUAUCCGGGUAAAGAUGGGAAAUAUAUAUAUAUAAAAAAAAGUUUGGGUUAUUUGUGUAGGGUUUAAAAUUUCCAUUUUUGAGAUUCUGGAAAAGUUUGGGAUCUCUUAGUAUUAACAAAAUGUAAUUAGCCUCGAGUGUUUCUUUAUUAACACUAUAGUUUAUUUUUAA